ACAACAUACAACCAUAGAGCGGUGGAAAUCAGCUCAGUUCACUCACAGCAUUAGCGGAUUACGGUUAGAUGUUAAUGCAUCCCACAUCUCAGGCUUAACUUUGUCUUGGUUUGGUUAAUAUGAGUUUUGCAUCGUACGCAGUGCCACAAUUUUGAAAUCUGAGGGACUGGAAGCGUUGUCUGCGUCACUCUGCCCCCUUCUGGUCAUAUGUGGUCAUUACAGCGGCAGGUUGCCCGGCUGUUGCAGUAACACACUCUCUCCGCUGGGGGGCAGCCAACAUCGACUAGUUGUCUGCAGGCAAAGAUGGCGGUGCGGAAGAAAGACGGCGGCCCGAAUGUAAAAUAUUUCGAAGCGUCUGACACCGUUUCUCAGUUUGAUAAUGUCCGCGUCUGGCUGGGAAAGAAUUACAAAAAGUACAUCCAGGCCGAGCCUCCCACCAAUAAGUCUUUGUCCAGUUUGGUGGUCCAGCUGCUCCAGUUCCAGGAAGAGGUGUUCGGUAGACAUGUCAGCAACCCUCCACUCACUAAGCUCCCUAUGAAGUGUUUUCUGGACUUUAAGUCAGGGGGGGCUCUCUGCCACAUCCUGGCUGCAGCCUACAAGUUCAAGAGUGACCAAGGAUGGCGCAGGUUUGACUUCCAGAACCCAUCAAGGAUGGACCGAAAUGUGGAGAUGUUCAUGACGAUUGAGAAGUCUUUAGUACAGAACAACUGUCUGACUAGACCCAUCAUCUACCUGAGCACUGACAUAGAACCAAAGCUGCUUGGGAAACUGAAAGACAUCAUCAAAAGACAUCAGGGCUCCGUGACUGAGGACAAGUCCUCCAGCUCUCAUGUUGUGGUGCCCAUUCCCACCAGUCUGGAAGAAGAGGAGUGGGUGCGUCCUGUGAUGAAAAGAGAUAAGCAGGUUCUGCUCCACUGGGGAUAUUUUCCUGACAGUUAUGACACCUGGAUCCCAGCCAGUGAGAUUGAAGCAGCAGUGGAGGAUCCCCCCAGCCCUGAAAAGCCCCGGAAGGUCCACGCAAAGUGGAUUCUAGACCUGGACCAGUACAACGAGUGGAUGAACGAGGAAGACUAUGAGGUGGGAGAGGGCUGCCCUAAGAGGAAGAGGAUUUCCGCCAAGACUCUGACAGAUGAGGUGACCACACCUGACGAGCGAAGGGACAAAAAACCUGGCAGUACCAAGAAGAGGAAGCGCUCGCCAUCCCCUUCCCCCACCCCACCACCCCAAGAGAGCAAAAAGAAGAACACCAAAAAAGGACCAACAACGCCGUACACCAAGUCGAAACGAGGCCAGAGGGAGGAGGAACAGGAGGAUCUGUCCAAGGACCUGGAUGAAGCGUCACCCGUUCCAGCGUCUGAAGAGGGAAGCAACGCAAAGACAAAUAACACCAAGAAGGACUCUGAUUCGACUCCAAUCAAAGGAGGGACGGAUAUAGAUGAACAAGAGGACGAGUCCAUGGAAACAACUGGAAAGGAGGAGGAGGAAGGCUCCCCGAGUGUGAAGGGUGAACCCGUGAAGAGCUCCGACCUUCAUGAGGACAACGUGACCGAGCAAACCCACCACAUCAUCAUUCCCAGCUACGCCGCCUGGUUCGACUACAACAGUGUUCAUGCCAUUGAGCGUAGAGCCCUGCCUGAGUUUUUCAAUGGGAAGAACAAAUCAAAAACCCCUGAGAUCUAUCUGGCUUACAGAAACUUUAUGAUCGACACCUACCGACUGAACCCUCAGGAGUAUCUGACCUCCACCGCCUGCCGCAGAAACCUGGCAGGAGACGUGUGUGCCAUCAUGAGAGUUCACGCUUUUCUGGAGCAGUGGGGACUGAUCAACUAUCAGGUGGACUCUGAGAGUCGGCCCACACCCAUGGGUCCCCCGCCUACCUCUCACUUCCACGUCCUGGCAGACACCCCCUCCAGUCUGGUGCCCCUGCAGCCCAAGACGUCCCAGACUCCUGCCACCCAGCCGAUGAUGUCAUUCCCAGAUAAAGUGAAGGAAAAACCGGCAGAUCUUCAGAACUUUGGGCUGCGGACUGACAUGUACAGCAAAAAGACUGCAUCUGCAAAGAGUAAGAGUGGAGCAAGCUCUAUGAGGGACUGGACGGAGCAAGAAACACUACUAUUACUUGAGGGACUGGAGAUGUACAAAGAUGACUGGAACAAGGUGUCUGAACACGUGGGCAGUCGUACGCAGGAUGAGUGCAUCCUGCACUUCCUCCGGUUGCCCAUUGAGGACCCAUAUUUGGAGGAUGGCUCAUCUUCAUUGGGCCCACUGGCCUACCAACCAGUACCUUUCAGCCAAGCAGGAAACCCGGUCAUGAGCACUGUGGCCUUCCUUGCUUCUGUAGUGGACCCUCGUGUGGCCUCAGCUGCGGCCAAAUCCGCCCUCGAGGAAUUUUCGCGUAUGAAGGAGGAGGUUCCUGCAGCACUUGUUGAGGCUCAUGUGCGGCGGGUGGAGGAGGCAGCGAGGGUCAGCGGCCGACAGGAUCCUCUGUACGGUCUGGAGGGAAGCGGGAUCGCUGGCACUGGCCUGGAGGAGGGAGACAGGCCUGAUGAGAGCAGUGAUGAAAGUAAGAGUGACAGCCAAUCGAGUGAGGAGAAGAAAGAUGCUAAGUGCUUUGGUGAUGGGGAGAAGGAGAAGGAUGGAAAAGAGGGAACGGAGGAGGGACAAAGAGAAGGAGAGAGUGAAGGAGAAAGGAAGGCUAAGGUAGAACGUGAUAUGGGAGAGGGUAACCUGGCAACUGCUGCUGCCUCCGCCUUAGCAGCCGCUGCUGUCAAAGCCAAGCACUUGGCAGCAGUAGAAGAGAGGAAGAUCAAAUCUUUGGUGGCUCUGCUCGUGGAAACCCAAAUGAAGAAGCUCGAGAUCAAGCUGCGACACUUUGAAGAACUGGAAACCAUCAUGGACAGAGAGCGGGAGGCUCUGGAGUACCAGCGGCAGCAGCUGCUGGCUGACCGCCAGUCCUUCCACAUGGAGCAGCUGAAGUACGCUGAGAUGAGGGCCCGCCAGCAGCACUUCCAGCAGAUCCAGCACCAGCAGCACAGCCAGGCCGGGGGCCCCCACUCCAACCAGGCCACCUCAGGGCCCCCCCCGCAAGGCCCCGCCGCAGCUCAGCAAGCUACAAGCACACCAGCACCACAGGCUGCCCCCAGCCCCGCGGCACCAGCCUCCGCAGCCCCAGCCCCUGAGUCCCAGCCCCCUUCCAGUGCUCACACCUCGCCCCCCUGCCCACCGGGCCAGGCCCUGCCCUCGCACUCCAGCUCCAGCACUACCCCCGGACUCCACGGUGAGUUAGGCAACAAGGCCCAGCCCCGCAGCCCAUGCAGCGCAAACCAAGUUUCCUUCCAAGAGCCCAGCGCUCCUCUGGCCGGGGAGACACUCCACCCUUCAGCUCCCGUCCCCCCACCGCAGUGA